UGUGAAGACAGCCAAAGGGGUCGUUUGUGGAAGAAGACUUGAGAAGCUGCUGCUCCGCCGCAUAGCGGCAGAAGUAGACCCAAUUACCACCGGAGAAGGAAACCCUUUUGUGUAUAUAGCUUCCCAGACAGAUUAGAUUCGACUUUAAUUCUUUCUCCAACCAAAAAAUGGACACUGCAAUGGGGGAAGCUGAAGCAGGUGAAAUACUCCCGGAGAGGACAAUAGACAUGUCGGCGGCCUACGAACUGCUGCACAAAAGCAAAGCUUCUGUUGAAGAGAUCGUCGCCCAGAUGCUCUCCUUCAAGAAAGAUUCUCAACCCAAAUCUCAACUCCGCGAGCUUGUCACUCGGAUUUUCCUCAACUUUGUUGCUCUCCGCCAGGCAAAUAGGUCCAUCUUGAUUGAAGAAGAUCGUUUUAAAGCAGAAACAGAACGAGCUAAAGCACCCGUAGACUUCACGACCCUGCAGCUCCAUAAUUUGAUGUAUGAGAAAAAUCACUAUGUUAAAGCAAUAAAGGCAUGCAAAGACUUCAAGUCCAAGUAUCCUGAUAUUGAACUUGUGCCGGAGGAAGAGUUCUUUAGAGAUGCACCCGAGGAUAUAAAAUCCUCUGUCAUAUCUAAUGAUACUGCUCACAAUUUGAUGCUCAAGAGGCUCAACUUUGAGCUGGUUCAGCGGAAAGAACUCUGUAAACUUCGUGAAAGAUUGGAACAACAAAAGAAAGCCCUCCAGGAGACCAUUUCCAACAGGAAGAAAUUCUUAUCCAGUCUCCCCUCUCACCUCAAAUCCCUGAAGAAGGCAUCCUUGCCUGUCCAACACCAACUAGGUAUUCUGCAUACCAAGAAACUGAAGCAGCAGCAGUCAGCUGAGUUACUUCCACCUCCUCUGUAUGUGGUUUACUCGCAGUUAGUUGCACAAAAGGAUGCUUUUGGAGAGAAUAUUGAUCUUGAGAUUGUAGGAAGUUUGAAGGAUGCUCAAGCAUUUGCUCGUCAGAAAGCAACUAAAGACUCUGGCAUUUCUACCAACUUGGAGACCUCUAGGUUGGAUGAUGAUGUACCUGAUGAGGAAGAUGAUGGACAGAGAAGGAGAAAGCGACCAAGAAAGGUGGUGAGCAAGGACAAUCUUGACCAAGCAGGACUAUAUCAUAGUCAUCCACUUAAACUUCUCCUUCAUGUACAUGAUGAUGAUGCUUCAGACUCGAACUCUCCCAAACUUAUCUCUUUGAAGUUUGAAUAUUUAAUGAAAUUGAACAUCGUGUGUGUUGGAAUAGAAGGUUCACAAGAAGGACCAGAGAAUAGCAUCUUAUGCAACUUAUUUCCUGAUGACUCUGGCCUUGAGCUUCCUCACCAGUCGGCCAAACUUCGCUUGGGUGAUUCUUUUAAGCUCGAUCCAAAUAGAACUUCACGCCCUUAUAAAUGGGCACAGCACUUGGCGGGCAUUGAUUUCCUUCCAGAGUUGUCACCACUUCUUACGAGUCAUGAAGCUUCAAAUGAGGAGACAGCUAAACAUGCUGCUGUUCUAUCUGGCCUGUCACUAUAUCGUCAGCAAAAUCGGGUGCAGACAGUUGUGCAAAGGCUUCGCGCUCGGAAAAAGGCUCAGCUGGCUCUUGCGGAGCAGCUUGACUCGUUGGUGAAAUCUAAGUGGCCAGCUCUAACAUGUGGAAGUGUUCCAUGGGCUUCACAUUCCCCCCAGUGCAGUUUGCAUGACUGGUCACUCAUUGGCUCUUCACCUAAUCAUACACCAUCAUUGCCCGUCUCUGAUGUGGAACAAGUUCAGGGUCCUGAUGCCGAGAUAGGUGGAAAAUCUGGUGUUUCAAACAGAGUAGUAGAGAACUUACAGGAAGAUGGGGAACUUCCAUCAUUAAUGUCAAUUACUGCUGUAAUUAAUGAUGUUAAGCUUACCCCUUCUAAAGGUUCUGAUCUCGAUCUUCCCAGAAGACUGCCUUUGAUUUCAAAAAGUAUUCUAUCUCCAGCUAACAAGGGGAAAUCACCAAGUUUUAAGAGACAUGAUGAGGAUAUAGAUCUAAUUUUGGACUCCGAAUCUGAGCUGGAUGAGCCUGCUGUAGUUGAGCCAGAAACUGACAAUGCACCUGUUAGCAGGGCAAUUGAUAUGGUUGAAAGCUCAUGGGCUGAUUGUGGCAUUCAGGUGUAUCGUCUUACUUUGCUAAGAACGCUCAAUAAUGGUCAAAAGAACUUCAAGUUAGAAGCCAAGAUUAAGAUUGGCAUGGAGUAUCCACUUAGGCCUCCACUUUUUGCGCUGAAACUUUACUGUAAAUUACAUGAAGCAAACUAUUGUGAGGUAGAUCUUUCAGAGUGGUUUAAUGAACUUCGUGCUAUGGAGACAGAGGUCAAUGUUCACAUAAUCAAGUCAAUACCAUUAGAUCAAGAAAACUUAGUCUUAGCUCAUCAGGUGCAUUGUCUUGCAAUGCUGUUUGACUUUUAUAUGGAAGAUGGAGAUUCGUCAGUUAAGAAGAGAGAGAGCACUUCUGUAAUUGAUGUUGGCUUGUGCAAGCCUGUGAGUGGUGCACUGGUUGCCCGAUCCUUUCGGGGUAGGGAUAGGAGGAAAAUGAUUUCGUGGAAGGAUAAUAUUUGUACACCGGGCUAUCCUUACUAGUAUCUUGUUUGGGAUUACAAGUAUGUUUCAAUUUCUGCUGGUUGCUUUUUUUGUGGUCUUAAUUUCCAACCCUUUGCGCAUGCUUACUUACGCAUUGGCUUUGGAGGUACCUCCUGAGAUGCAAUAUGCAACUCCGAGGCAAUAAAGGCUAGGAAGUUCUAAUUGUGUGUUUCA